AUGGGCGUCCCUCCUCUCCUAUCCUCCCUCGCCAUCCAGGGCGCCGCAAAGGCCUUUGUCCACGGCCAGAGCAGGGCAUCGGCCCGUCAAUCCUCGAGCGAUUCUGCCUCGCUCACGACGCCCGCCCUCGUCGCUGCCCGAGCCACGACUGUCCUGCCCUCGGUCAUCCGCAUCAAGUCCACCGCAAAGAAUCUCCCUGCAUCUCACCUACAACCUAGACCUGGCGACGCCCCGACCAUAUUGGGCCCAUCACGGCCGACAAUAUCGACCACCUCACACGUCUCGACGCCUUCCAGCCUCUCCAGCUGCACUCAGGGCAGAUCGGCCGGCGAACAAGCUUCGCUUCUCUACCGUCCAUCUUCCCUACCCAGCUCUGUUGCCCGCGAUGCCGCCGCUGCUGCCGUCGCGUCGACAUGUCAUCUCUACAUGCAGCCUCCCUUAUCGAGCCCCUGUCUCGCCCCAUCGACCAUAACUCUCAAACCGACUCUGCGCACGUCGCAUCGCUCCGACUGCGAGGACUCGGAGCCUACGUGCCGCUCCUCGGCCCAACAGCGUCGCUCCCUUCUGCACCCAAAUCUUCACCAGUGUCGUCGUCGCCGUCCCAUGGAAACCGUUACAGAUCGCCAGCGUAGACGCUACGAGGCCGUAUGGGCGAGCAACAGAGGUCUUUACCUUGACUCUCGCAGUCACGAAGCCGCCAUGCGCCUAUGUAAUCUUGUCGUGCGCGACAUAUGGUCGCGCAGUCGCUUAGGUUCUGAUGUGCUCCAUUGCAUCUACGAGCUCAUCGACCGCGACCAGUGCGGCUCACUGCGACGUGACGAGUUUGUUGUUGGAAUGUGGCUCAUUGACCGAUCGCUACGUGGUCGCAAGAUUCCUAGCAAAAUCAGUGAUAGCAUCUGGCUCAGCGUAAAUUAA